GAGGUCACAUAAUAUGGCGGCUCGGUUUUACCUGCGUUAAGCGGGAGGGGGGUAUCCGGGGCUCGGGGAAAAAAAAAUCGGCGUCCAUCCUUCCCACCCGGGCUGCGCUGCCGCCCCCGAACACCUCGGGCGUCGAGAGACGGGACGAAAGGCCGCGAUGGUCGCUGGUGCUUCCCUGCUUUGAGUCAGGGUCCUUACAACAAGGGUUGGGUCCAAUCGAGACGCCUCGAUGGAGUUGAGAGUCGGGAACCGGUACCGGCUUGGCCGAAAGAUCGGGAGCGGCUCAUUCGGAGACAUUUACCUCGGUACUGACAUAGCUGCUGGAGAAGAGGUUGCCAUCAAAUUGGAAUGUGUCAAAACCAAACAUCCUCAACUCCACAUAGAGAGCAAAAUUUACAAAAUGAUGCAAGGUGGAGUGGGCAUUCCCACAAUCAAAUGGUGUGGUGCUGAAGGUGACUACAAUGUAAUGGUGAUGGAAUUGCUAGGACCAAGUCUUGAAGAUCUCUUUAACUUCUGCUCAAGGAAAUUCAGCCUCAAGACUGUUCUUCUACUUGCUGACCAAAUGAUAAGCCGAAUAGAAUAUAUUCAUUCAAAGAACUUCAUCCACCGAGAUGUAAAGCCGGAUAAUUUCCUGAUGGGAUUAGGCAAGAAAGGCAACCUUGUCUACAUCAUUGAUUUUGGGCUGGCCAAAAAAUAUCGCGAUGCUCGUACUCACCAGCAUAUUCCUUAUCGUGAAAAUAAAAACUUAACGGGAACUGCCCGCUAUGCCUCCAUUAAUACCCAUCUUGGAAUUGAACAAUCUCGCAGAGAUGACUUGGAGUCCUUGGGUUAUGUACUCAUGUAUUUUAACCUGGGCUCCCUCCCCUGGCAGGGAUUGAAGGCCGCUACAAAGAGACAGAAAUAUGAACGCAUCAGUGAAAAGAAAAUGUCCACUCCCAUUGAGGUUUUGUGUAAAGGAUACCCUUCCGAGUUUGCUACCUAUCUGAAUUUCUGCCGCUCGCUGCGUUUUGAUGACAAACCGGAUUAUUCAUAUCUAAGACAAUUAUUCAGAAAUCUCUUCCAUAGACAAGGCUUCUCCUAUGACUAUGUAUUUGAUUGGAACAUGCUCAAAUUUGGUGCAAGCCGAGCAGUAGAAGAUGCUGAGCGUGAAAGAAGAGAGAGAGAAGAAAGAAUGAGACAUACACGCAAUCCAGCUGUUCGUGGAUUACCUUCCACUGCCUCCGGGAGGCUAAGAGGGACACAAGAUGUAGCUCCACCAACUCCUCUUACUCCAACUUCACAUACAGCAAAUACAUCUCCUCGGCCAGUUUCUGGAAUGGAGCGAGAACGGAAAGUGAGUAUGCGAUUGCAUCGUGGGGCCCCUGUGAAUAUCUCCUCAUCUGAUUUAACAGGUCGACAAGAUACCUCACGCAUGUCAACCUCACAGAAUAGCAUUCCUUUCGAACACCAUGGCAAGUAGCUGCUCGUCUCCUCGUUGGAAAGCAGCACUGGAUUCCUGCUCUGGCGACGACCAGCGUACUCCAAUCUGCUGUGCAUCGGUGAAAUAAUGUUGCCAUUGAGGGGCAGAUAAUGCAUGGCUGAUCUCCUAUGUUAUCAAUGGCUUUUACUAGCAAACUAUCCCAAACUAGAGCAGAAGAAAUAUUCCAGUUGGAACUCUCCUUGCCACUGUCUAAAGAUACUCACAGGAACAUGGACAGAAUCCAGCAGCUGCCACACUACAAGAGGCUUUAGCCCGAAACCUAAUAACCUUAUAUGAACUCUAGCAACAGGGCUAGAAAAGGAAGCGAUGGUAUACAGCAUUGCCCGCCUGUUAUUUAAUAGCCAUUUUAGUUGUCCCUCAGCAGGCGGCAGUCUUCACCCCCUUUUUAUUGUUCUACUGUAAUUAUAACUCUUUUACUUGGUUUAAGAAAGUUUUGUAUUCAUUUUGCUAAGAUUAUUGGCUUAACUUCUCUAUAAAAACAAAGUCUUGUCUCAUUCAAACCCUGUGUGGAAAUGUGAAAAUUCUAAAGCUUGGUUUAAAAACAAAAAAAAAUUCAAGACUUGAAACUUCUUGUAAGCUUAAGUGAGAAGAGAAUGUCUAACUGAAUUAGAGGUGUUUCCUUUUAUUUUACAUUAUUUACUUUUGUAUGGUCCCAUUUGACAGGACAAGGGGGUUCUCAAGGGUUUUUAAGUUUUAGUUUUAUUUACGGCUGUCUUGUUCUUCCAGGGUCGUCAGGUUUUUUGUUUUUUUUUUUAUAAUUUAAACCUCUAUGUACUACCCAGUUUUUUGUUUUUUUAAAAUGUUGAUUUGUCUCUCGUUUUGUUCAAGAAAGAGUGGGAGUUCUUUUGGAAAAAAAAAGCUGUACCGAGUAGAGGUGAAAAUAACGCUUCAUAGAUUUUGAAGGACAAAAAAAAAGCGAAAAUAAUCUUUCAGGAAGUUUUUAAUGUUGAACGUAGAAUGUAUUGCCUUUAUUUAUAAUAGAGGAGGGUUUGGAGAGGGGCAGGAUACCUUGUUUCUGCUGGGUUGUUCCUACAGAUGCCAAUUAAGCACUGCCACUGCAGUGGGAGCAGUGUAGACGUGGGCGGGCCUCUUGAGUGCACAGAGGCAGCAAGUGCCGCCAGCCAGCUGCAUUCCGCCAAGGCUCGGAGUUAUAAGCAAUCUGUUCCUUCUGCAAGAAGUCAAGAGAACAUUCAAGCUUGUUGAAUUCUUUCAUUCUUUAUUAAAACGUGCAAGCCUGGAACAGCUGGCCCUUCAGCUGAAGAUAUAUUUAUAUAGUGGCCAAAACACUUAGUGUGCCAGCUAAUAUACAUGAAGAAUCUUCGUUUUCAUGAGCAAUAUAUUUAUCCCUUAGUAAUCUGGGAAAGUAGAAGGCAUGUGAGUCAUACCAAAUACCACUCAAAAGCACCAUCAGUCCCACUUCGGGGAUGAAAAUGCAAUAUGUAGGUGUGUUGUUACUACUUUUUAAUAAGCGUGAGAUUCUUGUCUCCUUGGAAACUUGGUGGCGAGUAAGAUUUUAUUUUCCUGUUAAUUUGCAAGCAUUUUGUUUCAAAGCUUUUGUCGGGUCACCUUUUGUUUCCUCUCUUUCACUUCUGUGGAUUUUUGAACUAUGAACAAUCUUGUUACUUUUCUUUAGCUACAUUAGAACUUUUAAUCUAUUGCUUAUUUGUAUGUUCAAGGUCUGAUUUGAUGCAACCUAUGAUUGGGGGAGUGCAAUGGGAAUGUGUUUUAAUGUUGGUCCAUGGAAAAAAAUUGAAUAAUUGUAUCACUGGUUGCUGUAGAUGUUGGUUCUUUGGGCAUGUGCACUUCCAUUUGUACAGUUCUACACUUCAGUGUGCUUUUUGUAAAUAUUUGUUGUCAAUGAUGUAAUGUUAGAGACUUUAAAAGGCAGCCUCUUCUUUCUAUAUAUCUGGAACCUUCAAUUGCUGUACUAUACUUAAAAAGUUGACUGCAAACCUUUCAAAUUGUUCUUGGUUGUGGGCAGUCUCUGCCCUUCCAUUAUACUUAAAUCUCACCAUCACCUGCUGAAAAUAUAGUUAGAAUGUCUCUAUAAACCUGUGUAUUGGUAACAAUAUCUCAGAACACCUCAUUUGUAUUACCACUGUAUUUGUGUACUUUAAUAAUUGUGUAAAUAAAUUCAUAAGGACUUCUAAUUUU